CCAGACCAGGCUGGGCCUUGCCUGCCCUCCUGCCACUGCUCCCUCAGGACCGGCAGGCCCAAAGCCGCCCCUUCGGGGAGGGGGCACCCCCAAUUGGCCCCAGCUGAGCCCCCGGGGCAGCAAGAGGACAAGGCCCUGCCCUGAAGGGGGCAGCAGGGGGGCCAUUUUGCAGCUGGAGCCGCAACUCCCCGCCCAGGUCUCCUGCCUCAUCUGGGACCCUUCAUGGGGGAAUCUGGGCUGGGGGUGGAGGAGCUGAGGGUGGCUGGGCCUUGUCUUGGGGGCAGAGCAGGGAGAAGCCGCUUUGUCAUCCCCCCCAUGUCUGCCCCCCAGUAGCCACAGCGGCUGGCCCCCAGCCCUCAAGCGGUGAAGGCCACGUCAGCUCCCCUGCGCCUGGUGGUCUGCUUUGGGCCGAGAGGCUUUUCCUUCCUCUCCCCUCUGCAGCCGCAAGCUCUGUUUCCCUUGGGCCACCAUGAGUUCUGGACCGCGAGGAGGCAGCCGAGAUGGCGCUGGCAAAGGCCUGGCUGGGGCCGCCUCUCACUCCUGGCAGCCCCCUCACAUCCUGGUGGUGGAGGCCCACCCCUCCCACUGGGCCCACACCUGCCACAAGCUGUGCGAUGCCCUGGAAAACGUCUUCUCUCUGGCCUGCAGUCUGGCGGGUCCAGCCCGCAUCCCUCUGCUCAGCCUCUACGUGGUCCAGAGCCAGCAGGAGUGCCUUCUGCCCUUUGUGCCGGUGAGAGGGAGCUUCUCUCGGCUCCAGAGCUGCCUGGCGGAGCUGCGCGCCUUGCCCUCGGAGGGGGUCUUCCACCUCAAGGAGGACGCCAUAGUCCAGGCCGUGCAGGAUGGGCUCCAACAGUUCAAGCAGUACACGGGGCAGGGCAUGGCUGGGGCCUCCCUGAGCAGCUCUUCCCUGGAGAUGACUGUCCUGACUGGCCAGCCCAGCGCCAAGGUGGCCAAGCAGCUGGAGGCUGGGCUGCAGGGCAUUGACCUGGUCAGCCUCCGCCAGCUGCAGGUGGUGGAGGUCUCCACAAGGGGGCUGCAGGAGGCGCCUGAGGCUGCGGCGGAGGACGGAGAGGGAGCCACCCCCAGCAGCAGCAGCGGCAGCAGCCGUGGGGGCAGGCAGGAUUCCCACUUCUCCUUUCUCACAGCCACCGACUUUGGGCUCUGCUUCCAGAGAGGGACAGGCUUCCUGCGGGGAGAGACCCCAGCCCCUCCUGGGUGCCUGUUUCUGAGCAGCAGUGGCCGGAACCGUGGCCCUCAUCGUCUUGUAUUCCUGCAGCAGCAGCUGGUGGGCCUCCUGCCCCCAGUGCCCAGGGGGUCUCUGCACUGGGGGACGAGAUGGGGCUCCUUUCCUCUCCCUGCAGAGAGCACCGUGACCCUGGGCGCAGUCCUUGACCUCCAGACUGUGGAGAAUGAUGUGGUGGCCCUGGAGACCUUCUUCAAGGGCUGGUUCCACGACCACAGCCCAGACCAGGAGCACCUCCACCUCCUCCUGCCCGCUGGAGCGCUCUGCCCCCCUGCUGCAGCCCAGAGCUGCCCAGUGUGCGUGAAAUGCGAUGCCCAGGAGAGGCUUCUCAGCCCCGCUCUGCUUACUUCCGCCUGCGGAGAUGGCCCCACCGCACAACGGGAGGAUGCCAGUGGCCCCUUCUGGAUGGCAGCUGGCCCAGGCCUGGUGCCACGCAAGCUCCACAUCCUCAGGGCCCUGGAGGCCAAAGGCCUGUGCACCUCGCUGCUCUAUGGGCUGCCUCUGGUCAUCCGGCCCACAAGCUGCUGGCGGAUGAACUGGGAUGAACUGGAGGCCAACCAGCAGCUCUUCCGGGCCCUCUGCCACUGUCUGUGGCACCUCCUGGACGGCCUGGACCUGGAGCCGGCCUACAGUCCCCUGAGCGGGGGGGCCCCCCUGUACCAAGCCCUGAGGAGCAGCCUGGGGCGCCCACCACCCUCCCGGCCCGAGCGCAAGGCAGAUCGGCACCUGCCCCGUCAGCAGGGCACCCGCCCCCACCUGGGCAAGGCCAGGGCCAUGGUGGCCCCCCUGCGCAUGGCACCCGCUGCCCCCCGCCCACCCGCCUUCUCCCUGCUCUCCGGAGAGGAAGAAGAGUUCCUGGACGCCAUGUGACACCGCAGGGGCCACUCCCUUCGCCCCAUGGAGGCCCCGCUGAGCCAGAGCUCCCACAAAAAGGGAGCCCAACCCAGACAGGCACCCAUGACAAGGACCCUGUGGA